AUGCAUUACAGCCUCCUAAGCGUAAGCGCCGCGGUUCUCGCCGCCCUCUUACCCACCGUGACAGCGCAGAGUGAGUGCAACCGGACAUACAUCCAGGCGUUUGCAGACGAGUACGUGAAAUCGCACGAGAGCGGGCAGCUGUCGAACCUCGAGAACAUCGCCGACAACUUCACGUAUCUCGAAAACAACAAGACGCGCGAGAUCGCCAGCGGUAUCCUCAGCAACGCGCUCAAGAUCGACCACAGACAUACAGGAAGUUCCCCCAGCCCUCUUACAGCUUCUUCGCAGAUAAUCGACACCCUCGACUGCGCCUCGUACACCGAGCUAAUCAUCACGCACAGCGCCUCGGGGGCGCCCGCGCCCUACGUGAUCGGGACGCAGAUCCGCCACAGCGCCGGCGACCUCAGCGUGCACCUGAUCGACCUGAUCGUCUCGACGACCGGCUCCUGGCUGUUCAACUCGACGCGCACGCUCGAGUACGCGUCGCGCGAGAACUGGACGCUGAUCGACGAGGGGCGGCGGGACACGCGCGAGGCGCUGCAGGGCGCGGCGGACGCGUACCUGGACAUGUGGAGCGACGCGGGCGCGACGGACAAGGUGCCGUGGGGCACGCCGUGCGCGCGGCUCGAGGGCAGCGUGUACACGGGGAACUUCCUGCCGACGGAUUCGUGCAAGCCCGGGAUCCCCACAAACCACAACCAGGUGCCCAACUCGCACCGCCGCUACGUCAUCGACCCGUCCUACGGCUCCGUCGACGUGCUGUGCAUCUUCGAGCACCUGAGCAACGCGCCCGACAGCCACGAGUUCCGGCUCGAGAACGGCAAGCUGCGGUACGUGCACACGAUCACGCUCGCGAAUAGCGGGAGUUUUGGGAGGAGGGCCGAGUUGGAGGCGCUUCUAUAG